GACAUGGCGUCGCGCCUAUCUCACCGUGCCCGGACUCGGCUGCCUUCGGCCAUUCGCUCUCUGUACCCAGCAGAGAAGCUCCCGGGAAUGAUCUCGCUGCUGUCGGGCAAGCCAAAUGGGGAGACGUUCCCAAUCCGUCGCAUCACCUUGGACGUGGAUGUACAGUCGGCGACAAAGUCGACGGAGUGUAUCACGCUGAGCUUGGAGGGACAAGAUCUCGAGGAUGCACUCCAGUACAGCCCCACAGCUGGGCUUCCGCGUCUCGUGCAGUGGGUAGAGGAGCUGCAGGCACGAGUGCACAAGCUGCCCCGACAGUCUCCAGAUUGGAGGUGCUCGAUUGGAGCGGGCAGCCAGGACCUGCUCAUCAAGUCCCUCGCAGCACUGCUGGACGAUGGAGAUACCAUACUGACGGAGAAGCCCGUCUAUCCAGGGAUCCUUCCGCAGCUCAGGGCGCUCGGUGUCAAUGUUGUGGAGAUAGAGCCAGACAAUGAAGGUGUGAAGCCCAGCUCUCUCGCCGAGACAUUGACGGCAUGGUGGACCGACGAGAGCACACGCGCACUGGCCUUUCCCAAGGUCAUCUACUUGACGCCCACAGGAGGGAACCCGACGGGCGCUACUGCGAGCAAAGAACGCAAAAAAGCCGUGCUCGACAUUGUGCGGCGGCACGAUCUGCUGCUGCUUGAAGACGACGCAUACUACUAUCUCGACUACAGUGACGUGGGCGAUGAUCCAGUCACGCGCACACGGAGUCCUAGCUACCUUUCCAUGGACCCAUCUGCAAAGAAUGUGCUACGAUUCGACAGCUUUUCCAAGGUUCUCUCUUCAGGCAUGCGACUUGGCUUCUGUACCGGCUCGCCGGUCCUCCUCGCGGCCAUUGAUCAGGACUCUGCGGGCCGCAACCUGCAGCCCUCAGGCGUGAGCCAGGGUGUGGUGCUGGCUGUGUUGGAAGCGUGGGGGAUCAGCGGCUUCCUGCGGCAUGCAGAUCGCAUCGCGUGUUUCUACCGAAAUCGACGCGACUUCUUCGAGGCAGCGGCAACGAAACAUCUUUUAAAGGAGCCAGCUGCAGCCAGGUGGUCAACGCCAACAGCUGGCAUGUUUCUCUGGAUUGAGCUGCUGCUUCCGAGCCCAGACUCGUUUGACCUAGUCAGCCAGAGGGCAAAGGAUGCGGGCGUGCUUGCCAUCCCGGGCAUGGCGUUUCUAGCCUGCCCUCGUCCUUCUCCUUUUGUCCGCACCAGCUUCUCCCAGGUGCCCCUCGAGCUGGUCGAUGAAGCCUUUUGGCGCCUGCGCAAGGUCAUCGAUCAAGCGUGGGCCGAGUCUGGCGACGCGAGAAUGAAAUAGAGCUGGACCCCUUCUUCAUGUAUGUAUGAUACACACCUCCACCCCCACCCUGAGAAGCCAGUGGGAG